CUCGAAUGACGGCCAGAUUCAGGCGAUCUCAUCUCCAUCCGCACGGUUAUUUUCUUGCUGUUAUACAGAAAAACUGAUAGAUAGAUAGAUAGAUAGAUAGAUAGAGAGAGAGAGAGAGAGAGAGAGAAAGAAACUGAGAGAGUUUUUGAGAGAGAGAGAGAGAGAGAGAGAGGAGUUGGAUGUCUGUAUGACAGGUAUAAGUGUGAAGGAGGGGAGUCAAAGUGAGAGAGAGCGGGGGGGUCUUGCGCUCUAGCUUGUUCUUCCUCAGUGCUUUGGAGGAGAUUGGAGGAGAGGGAGGUGGUGUGAUACAUCCAUGGCCAACAAGAAGUCGUAGUGCUGCCGACUUCCACUUGGAAGAAGGACAAGCGCGGACAGAGUGUAGCAAUCGGGUGAGAGCAGGGAGAGGGAGGUGAACGUGUGGCACGGCGAUCCUCCUGCCUGGGGCUUCCUCCUCCUCCUCCAUCUGCCGACUGCUUCUUCCUCGUUUGUUGUAGCACCGAUUGUUCACCUAUCUAUAGCCUGACAAGAUGCUGACACGUGUCAAGGAUGAUACGCCGGGCGAGGGCAGAGGAUACAUCGAGACCGUGUUUGCGUCUCGUUACUCGCGGAGUUGUCUGCCCAAGUAUCGGCUUCCCGACGACGAAACCGCCAAGGAGGCGGCUUAUCAAAUCAUCCAUGAUGAGCUGCUGCUGGACGGCAACCCGCGGCUCAACCUCGCGUCCUUUGUGACCACAUGGAUGGAACCUGAAUGUGACAAGCUGAUUAUGGAAGCAAUGAAUAAGAACUACAUUGACAUGGACGAGUACCCGAUCACUACGGAGCUACAGGACCGGUGCAUCAACAUGAUCGCACGCCUGCUGCACGCUCCAGUGACAGAAAAUGAAGCAGCAGUGGGUGCUGGGUGUGUGGGCUCGUCCGAAGCAAUCAUGCUGGCGGGGUUGGCUUUCAAGCGGCGGUGGCAACAUCGGAGAAAGGCAGAAGGAAAGCCGUACGACAAGCCGAAUAUUAUCGCAGGUGCAAAUGUGCAGCGUUGCCUGGCUCAGAUAGAGGCCGAGGAACAACGCCUGUUGGCAGUCGAGGCUGCCCGCAUACAAGCUGAAGAGGCAGCAGCAGCAGAGAAACUGCGGCUACAGGCCGAUGCAGACGCAGAUGCCCAGGCUCGCCGAAAGGGAGCCCAGGAUCUGCUGCAGCGGCAUGAAGCCAACAGCAUCGACAGACUCAAGUACUGGCAUUUUAAACCGAACGGAGACAACGCAACACCGGAAGAAAAGCACAAGGAGUUCCUCUCCAAACUCGUGACGCGGUUGUUGUAUGCUUGCAACUACCAAAGGUCAGAGUUGGAGAGACAGCGCCGAGACCUGACGCAACAGCAUCAGGAGUUGGCGACGCUCCGUCACACAGUGCAGAGCCACAAGGAUGCACCUCGGGCACUCAAUGCGCGAUUGUUGGACCUGGAACAGGCUGUACCAGGACCAGCUGCUGGAGCUUCCAGCAGUGCACCCUCAARCCGCCAACUGGAGGACCGCGUUGACCACGUAGUGGCAAUGCUCGGCGACAUCAGCACCUUCGCUGCGCCGACCACCACCAUCGGCAAUCAGCUGCAUACAUUGAAGAUCGAGGUCGAGAAGCUGCAGUCGACAAACGCGGACGACAAUCCGAAGAUGUACAAGAUGCCAACUUUCAACUUGGAGAGGUUCGAUGACUACACGCAGCAGGAUCCUGUCCUCUGGUGGGAAGCAUUCACAACGCAACUCAGGAUUAUGCCAGUAGCCAAGCACGCGUACAUUGGCGCCUUGUUCCUGAACUCAAAGGGCGGAUGCCAGACCUGGUUGAGCCACCUGUCAACCCACGGCGUCCACGUACCAGACUUGAAGGACGUAAUCACAUGGGAGGAAUUGACACGGCUGUGGAAGAAGCGGUUCAUCGUCGACGACGCGUCGGCACUCGCCAUCAACCGUGAGGCGACUCCACCUUUUACUCCGCCAGAUUCGGCCGCCUUGCUAGCGGCCUCCUGCACAUCUGCGGAGGAUGCGAAUGUCGCAAGUCCUCGGUAUACUUACGAGGAUUAUGCUGACCACUUGGUUCCACUGUUGGACCAAUGGCUCCACGUGCAACAGCCCACCGCAUGCACGGUUUCAUCACCAUCGGCAACCGAUUUGGCAGCUUCGCCGCAACCUAUCACCGAGGAUUCGACGUCAUGGUCAAGACUUGAUGAGCUCGAUCCGUUGACGUUCACGGACUUCCAGUGGAUGCCCGUUCCCUCGACCGAACGAUUGCCGAAACCGCAUUGCAACGUGCUUAUGGCACAAUUGGGAGAUUACUUGCACACUGCAGUACCAGCUCCGUUGAUGGACGCCGGAGCAGAGGUUGUCGACCUUCACGCUUUCAUCGCGAAGAUCGACCGCGAGUUCAAGACGCAAAGGUACGACGACAUCGASGCACCAUYGCUAUACAUACGCAUUCAGAUCGGAGAGGCGACYUGCAGUGCCUUGAUCGAUUGCGGAGCAUCUCGCAACUACAUCAKCCAGGACUUCAUGGUACGCGYYGGCCUUGGCCCACGUGUYCGGAGGAAGUCCCAGCCUACGCAAGUCACUCUGGCAGACAGUCAUACGCACAAGUCCAUCGACCGAUGCAUUGACGUCGUCCCAGUGUACUUUGCCCCCCACGCAAGUGAGGCGGUGUCCUUCGACAUUUUGGACACCCAAUUCGACAUGAUCUUGGGCAUGUCAUGGCUGCGAAGCAACGAGCACCUUGUGAACUUCUUCAACCGCACCGUUCACGUUCGUGACCGGAACGGAGUAUUAGUUCCAUGCACGGUGCCUUUUCCUCAUCCUUCGAUCAACUGCCACGCGGUAUCCGCCGCAAGCAUGCGAGCUUCCAUCAUCAGAGACGACAUCGAGGAGAUGGGGGUGUGUUUUCUCCACGCCCUCCCGCCACAUGACGCUUCAUCGACGGACUCACCUUCGGAUCCACGCAUCACCGAACUUCUCGAUGCCUACAGUGACGUGUUCAAAGGCCCGCAUGUAGUACCAGAUCGACCCAUCCGCCACGAGAUCAUCCUUGAGGACGGGGCCGUACCUCCGCGCGGUUGCAUCUACCGAAUGAGCGAGGAAGAGUUAAGUGUGCUUCGGGCACAACUCGACGACCUUCUAGGGAAAGGCUGGAUUCGGCCUAGCUCAUCGCCAUACGGUGSYCCUGUUCUCUUCKUCCGGAARAAGAACAAGGAUUUGCGGUUGUGCAUCGAUUAUCGCAAGCUCAACGCGCAGACGAUCAGGAACGUCGGCCCUCUCCCACGCAUCGACGACCUUCUCGAGCSAUUGGGCGGCGCCCRGUUCUUCUCUAAGUUGGAUCUCAAGUCAGGGUACCACCAACUCGAGRUUCGCAAGGAGGAUCGCUACAAGACCGCGUUYAAGACUCGGUAUGGGCAUUUCGAAUGGCUGGUCAUGCCAUUUGGCCUUACGAAUGCCCCAGCCACUUUCCAAGCGGCUAUGACGACGGAGUUCCGACACAUGCUGGACCGUUUCGUACUUAUAUACCUCGACGACAUUCUGRUUUAYAGCCGGAGUCUGGACGAGYAUGUGGAACACCUGCGCACCGUUUUGGAGCGGCUACGACAGRCCAAGUACAAAGCAAWCCGCGACAAGUSCGAGUUCGCACARCAGGAGCUGGAGUACUUGGGACACUAUGUGACGCCUCAAGGCAUCCGUCCGCUUGCGGACAAGAUCGAGGCCCUACGAGUAUGGCCCGAGCCCACCAACACCACGGACGUUCGUUCAUUCAUGGGGUUGGCGGGCUACUAUCAACGAUUCAUCACCGGAUACUCCAGGAUUGUUGCACCUAUGACGAGGUUACAGUCGCCAAAGGUGCCAUUCGUAUUCGAUGACGACGCACGCCGGUCAUUCCAAACACUUAAGACGGCUAUGCUCAUGGCACCCGUCCUUAGCAUUUAUGACCCCACCCUGUCGACACGAGUGACUACGGACGCUUCCGACUAUGGCAUUGGGGCAGUCUUGGAACAGCUCGACGGCGACGAUUGGCACCCUGUGGAGUAUUUCAGCCACAAAGUGCCUCCCAUCAACUCGCUUGAUGAUGCAAGGAACGAGCUGCUCGCAUUCGUGAUGGCUCUCAAACGCUGGCGGCACUUCCUCCUUGGGCGUCGUAGGUUCACAUGGGUUACGGACAACAAUCCAUUGACCUACUACAAGACGCAGGAUACGCUAUCUUCGGAUCACCCGCCGGCCAGCCAUUACCGCAUUGCCGACGGGUACUUGCUCCUCCACUCGAGAGGCAAGGACUUACUAUGUGUCCCACGCGAUCGUCGUCUUCGGACUCGCCUCCUCGGCGAGUACCAUGAUUCACGACUCGCCGGCCAUUUCGGAGUCAACCGCGCUAUUGCACGACUUCGACAGCGAUUUCGAUGGCCCGACCUCAUUACCGAUGUCACUCGGUAUUGCGACUGUGAAGUUUGCCGACGCAGCAAGCCCCGCAACCGCAAUCCCUACGGCGAGUUACACCCGAUGCCUAUCCCACGGGAACCCGGUCUCUCCAUUGCCAUGGACGUCACCGGUCCGUUUCCUCGCGACCGGCUCGGGCAUGAUGGCAUCCUCAUGUUUGUGGACCGAUUGAGUAUGUACGCGCGUUUUCUCCCUUGCAAGUACUACUCCACGGCUCCCGAGCUGGCACGCCUCCUGCACACUGGUUGGAUUUGUGGCCACGGUGUACCAGAAGACAUUGUCAGCGACCGCGACACUCGUUUCAUGUCGGCGUUUUGGACUGCUCUCAUGCAGGAGUCCGRCACAACAAUGAAACCAAGUUCGGCUCGACACCCUCAGACAGACGAGCAGACGGAGCGGGCACAUCAGACCGCUCAAAUGAUGCUUCGUACGCUCAUCCGUCCGGACCAGAAAGAUUGGGUUGACCGCCUCCCCGACAUCGAGUUCGCCUACAACACUUCGGUGCAUCCGGCGAUUGGCGUGACUCCAUUAGAGUUGUACCACGGUGGACGGAAAGGCCGGAUCUUCGCCGACCUUUUCCUCCCUCGACCAGCCGACAUUGACGCUGCCUGCUCUCCCUCUUCCGUCCGGAAGUACAGGGAGUUGCUGACUCAAGCCUGCGCAAAUAUGCAAAAGGCUCGAGUCCGCAUGCAGCAGCAAGCCAACAGGCGUCGCGUACCAUGUCCCAUCCGCGCCGGUGAUCAGGUUUGGGUCUUCGCGGAAGAGUUUGCACUGGAACAGGAUGUUUCACGCAAACUGCUUCCCAAGUGGUUUGGACCUUGGUCUGUGACAGCAGCCGCGGGCGAUGAGCCCGAUGGCCCUUCAUUUGUAAUCAACAUUCCAGAGCAUCUGACGGUCCAUCCGGUCUUCCACGCCUCGAAGCUGGCAACUUAYACGCCAGCCAAGAGCGACGACUUUCCGGACCGACGAUCGCAGGACCCUCCUUCUAUGGAUGGCCAUCAGGAAGUUGACCGCGUCAUCUCCGAUCGCAAGUACGGCAGCAAGYCGCGGCAGUAUAAAGUCACAUUCAAAGCAUGCGAUCGCGACGAUACUCGGUGGAUAUCAGGCGCAGAUUUGAAAGCAUCCGCACCGCUGAUCUACGCGCAUUAUGAAAAGCGCAGGUUAGCUCAGGAAGCUUCACGACCAGCCCCUCCCACCCGGACUGUGGUCCCUCCCUCCGACAGACAGCUUCGCCCUCGCAGACUUGAGAUUUGGGAUGCAGACAGUUCGACGAGGGACUAUUUGGGCUUGUGCCGAAGACUUGGUGUUGACGACAUUCCCAUCUUCCCCCUCCUCUUCGUGUGCUGGGAGAAGUUCGCUCGAUACUUUGAAGUGGAGCUGAGGGAGACAAAACUGCGCGAAGGGAUGUAUGUUAUGGACCCGCAUGAAGCUGUCGAACUGGUCGAUGAAAACACCAUAUGCAUCGCGGCCAUCCUUGGGAGCACCUACAACGGAGAGUUCGAGGACGUCAAGUUGUUGAACGACUUGCUCGAGAAGAAAAACAAGGAGACUGGGUACGAGGUCGCGAUUCAUGUGGAUGCAGCAAGCGGGGGAUUCGUUGCACCGUUUCUUUAUCCAGAACUUGAGUGGGAUUUCAGAUUACCCCUUGUGAAGAGUAUAAAUGUGAGCGGGCACAAGUACGGACUCGUGUAUGCGGGAGUGGGAUGGGUGAUAUGGCGAAACCGGGCUGACCUUCCUGAGGAGCUCAUCUUCCACGUAAAUUAUUUGGGAGCAGAGCAACCCACAUUCACUCUCAAUUUCUCUAAAGGGGCGAGUCAGCUGAUUGCACAGUACUAUCAGUUCAUCCGUCUGGGCUUUCAGGGUUACAAGAACGUCAUGGUGAACUGCAAUGAGAAUGCGCGCUACCUGAGGGAAUGCUUGGAAGCGACAGGCCAUUUUAAGAUAUUAUCGAAGGAAAAGGGUGUGCCGCUUGUGGCCUUCUCGUUGAAGGACAGGUCGAAGCACAACGAAUAUGACAUUGCAGACCAGCUUCGGUCAUUCGGAUGGAUCGUACCUGCUUACCACAUGGCACCGAACGCGCAGCAUGUGUUCGUCCUUCGUGUGGUUGUGAGGGAGGACUUCUCUCGCACGCUCGCGGACAGGUUGGUGAACGACAUUAGGAAAACGAUGAAGUACCUGGAGGCGCACCCGAUAGCCAGGCAUUUCCCGCUGACGGUGACGGUGAAGAGCAGAGAGGAGUUCCAGUUCCCUACGGAGUUAUGCGCAGAGAUUGUGAACAAGGUGGCGAAUGCGCUUCACAUUGACGUUACGUUGAACGGCAAUGAACCGGAAGACGAUUUCGAUUUCGGAUCUGGCCGCAAGUCGAUCGAAUCCUCGUCAUCGCCUCUUGCCUCUACGCUAGAAGAAAAAGCCGUCACGAUCGCCCCUUUGAGCACGAAAGUCCCAGUCAGCCCUCUAGCAGUCAUUGCCGGACGGAAAGUGACAACUGCGAAGCCUGCCGGUGUUUGUUAAUGGUGGCCCGACACGACGAGCAACUCCCCGAGAGAAGGGCCGAUGGAAGUGGCUCGCCACACCCAAGUUGCCUGGAUGAAAAAGCACAGGUGCCGCGGUACCACAGAAUCUCCACCGACUCUGUUCGGUCUCUACCGACUCUGUUCGGUCUCUACCGACUCUGUUCGAUCUCUACCGACUCUGUUCGGCUCUGUUCAGUCAGGUCGCGUUCUCUUUUCAUCAAGGCACAGCAGAUGCAAUGGGACUCUAUUAUUCCCUCUGCCUCCAUUCACUCUCUUGUAUCUGAGAAGAGUGAGCACAGUAAUCGGUCACACAGGAAAGGGGGCCGUUUCACGAGGAGCAUGCUGGUAAUAGGAUUCUCUUCCAGAAAUCUUAGACUGGGUGCAAGCGAAGUCUGCGGAGAAGAUUGCCCUUUUGGUGCUAUCUUUCGUCUCUUCAGAGAGCAAUCUUCCAUGCUUUAAGAUCCGAUGCAGAUGCACGCUGUGCGAGAUUUUGGCAUAUUGGAGCCUUCCAUCGUUUUCUACUCAGAGUCUGACUGUCGAUGAGUGAUCAGGUGAGGUGGUAAUCAGAAAGCGUGCUGACAAUACAAUGCCUAUGCCUGUUAUGCGGAGAAAACUGGUAUUGCAACUCGUGAGUGGCGAGUUUGGCGACAUGCAUUGAUUUUGAGAAAUCACGAACGCUCGGGAUUGAGGGGCCUUAGGAGACUACGACAUACGUUUACUUGGAACUUUGCUUCAGCUUCGGAAUCGCAAAAAACAACAUGUGAUCGGGUACAUCAGCAUAGCAUGCAUUUCAUCAACCACGCGGCAUUGCAAAAAGCCGUGUGCUCGAUCACUACAUGAGCACGAGUUAAGUUUAAACUGUAAACAAAAACGCAAUCGACUGAUCGAUCGGCGUGUGUUUUAAAAAGCAUGCGAUCGACUCGACUACAUCAGCGUGAAUUUGGCGGGAAUGGAUGGUUUUCAUGCUCCGGUCACCGGCGACCGAUUGGCGGAGCGAGUGCAGGUUUUGCCAAACUCGUCAGACUACAGGGGUGAGCAAUUGGCGGAGGGAGCGCAGGUUUUGCUAAACUCGCCAGACUACAGGGGUGACCGAUUGGUGGAGGGAGUGCAGGUUUUGCCAAACUUAGGUUUUGCUAAACUCGCCAGACUACAGGGGUGACCGAUUGGUGGAGGGAGUGCAGGUUUUGCCAAACUUAGGUUUUGCUAAACUCGUCAGACUACAGGGGUGACCGAUUGGCGGAGGGAGCGCAGGUUUUGCUAAACUUGUCAGACUACAGGGGUUUCACGCUGACCGAUUGGCGGAGGGAGCGCGGGUUUCGCUGAGCUCAUCCCACCUGUGUGUCAUGUGGCUGAUGAAUGGUUUUCAUGCUCCGGUCACCAGUGAUCGAUCGGCGGAGGGAGCGCAGGUUUUGCGAAGCUCGUCAGAAGUCGCAACAAACUUCCCCUGCUGACUAAUGCAGGGCAUCUCUUGCAAAUUUUGUUCGGUUUAUCAAUUCUUCUCCGCUUGUUGGACCUGCAAAGUCCUCCUCCAUGUCAUAUUCUAUGUGAUAUGAAGAGUGAGCGGCCGUUCUGUUAGGGUAAUUUUCACUUCACUUGUUUGUUGUCACACCGGGGCGAUUCGUCCUCUGCUUUGCCGUUUUUGUUUUAGAAAACACGAGUCCUUUUUUUUAACUUUUUUUAAGCAUUCCUUUUUUUGAUAAGUAGCUAGAUGUCGAAGCAGCCAACCUAUCAGUUUUCAUUUUCUAGCAGGAUGAGCACAUUUAAUUACGGAUGUGGUGGGGGAACGGACCCAAGUCUUAUUCCAACCCCCCCCCCCCCACCAGUCCUCUUCGUGGGACAAUCUUAAACUUCCUGUAGGGUCUGUUUUUGGGGCCCUAUUUUAGGGGUCUAUUUUUGGGACCCUAUUUUAGGGGUUUUAUCUAAAUUUUAUUCAUUUCUCGAUCUGACAAGUCCAGCAGCACUGGCAUUCUGACUGAGAGAUGUAACGUGGAAGUGUUGCGGAGUUUGACUGCAGUGCUGAAUCAGGUUGAAAGCAACUAAUAUUUUUUGCUGAAUCUGGUCGAUGCCCAAGGUCGGAUACUACGAUGCUGAAACUGCUGCGGCAGUGCUGCUGACCUUGUCGAAUUCAAAACUUGUCAAUUUCAAAAUUUGUCGAUUUCAGGAUGAUGAGUGUGAAUCCACAGUUUUGCUGAAUCUGGUCAAUGCCGAAGGUCGGUUACAGGGAUUUUGCCCACUACCUCGUCGUACUCCUUGGCACUGCCAAUCUUAGGAGGAGGUAGGUAUUUCUCAGAACAUAAGAUGAUGAGUGUGAAUCCACAGUUUUGCUGAAUCUGGUCAAUGCCCAAGGUCUGAUACAGGGAUUUUGCCCACUAUAUGGAGUUUUCAGAACUUAGAAGUAGGAAACAAGGGGCAAGAGUUUUGAGGGUCUCACUAGAUGGGUGAGGCGGGCUCUUGGCUUUGAGAACUUUGGAUCUAUCGAGUAGAUCUAGACGCAGUACUCUGUCUGCCUCUCUCUCUCUCUCUCUCUCUCUCUCUUGCUGUGGAAUGGAGAAAGCUAUGUAGUUUGCUACAGGCGAAAUGGCAACAGUGACG